ACAGACAGAUCUACAAUAUAAGUUUAUUGCUGCAUUUCGGAACAGUGUAGUUUUAUUUUGAACUCCAGUGUGUGAUGAUCAUAUUUUUGUGUUAAUGUACUUAAUAUCUGAGAUUUAAAAAAAUCAGCAUAAAAGAAAGAGGGAAAAAACAAAAUGACGAAAGACAGUGAAAGUUCUGUGUCUGAGAAUGAAGUUAUAGAGAGGGGAGUGUGGUCGAGGAAGAUUGAAUACCUUUUAUCCGUUCUGGGUUACAUAGUAGGCUUAGGAAACCUGUGGCGUUUUCCUUAUAUUUGUCUUAGGAAUGGUGGAGGUGCGUUUUUGAUACCCUUUUUCAUCUGUCUGGUGUUCUGUGGAAUCCCUUUGUUCUUCCUUGAAACAGCAGUUGGACAGUUUACUGGACAAGGUACACUUCAUGUAUGGGAGGUCUGUCCGAUUUUCAAAGGAGUUGGAGUAGGUAUGAUCAUAUCAAUGACCAUUUUCUGUAUUUACUACAAUGUCAUUAUGGCAUGGUCACUGUAUUACAUAGCUAGUUCGUUUGCCGUGCCUCUACCAUGGACGACCUGUACUAAUGAAUGGAAUAGUCAAUAUUGUACAGACGACCGCAGUACUUUAAAUCUGACAACCCAUGUCUCACAGGGCAUUAAUUCAACUGUGGUGUUGAUGAAUAGCACUCAGAAUUGGAUAACGGCUCAAGAAGAAUUUUGGCAAGAAAGUGUACUGGGUAUGACUUCAGGAAUCGAAGAAAUUGGUACUAUUAAUUGGAAGCUGAUGCUGUGUUUAUUAGCAGCAUGGGUGGUUGUUGGUUUAUGCAUCAUUAAAGGUGUUAAAUCUCUUGGAAAAGUAGUGUAUGUGACAGCUACAAUACCAUACAUUUUACUUACUGUUAUACUUAUCCGAGGAAUAACACUUGAUGGGUCAAUAAACGGAAUUAUAGUUUACCUUUCCCCAGAUUUCAGCAAAUUAUUGGAACUUCAGGUUUGGCUAGAAGCUGUAAUUCAAGUAUUUUACUCCCUUGGGCCUGGAUGGGGACCACUAUUCACUAUGGCAAGUUUUAAUAAAUUUAACAAUAACUGUCUUCGUGACUCAGUACUUCUUUCAUUAGCUGGGGAGGGAACAAGUUUAUAUUCAGGAUUUAUUAUCUUUACGGUUCUUGGAUUCAUGUCAACAUCAUUCUCAGUUCCAAUAGACAAACUAGUAAAGUCAGGUCCUGGACUGGGUUUUAUAGUGUACCCAGAAGCAUUAGCCCAAUUACCUGGACAAAAUGUUUGGGCUUUUAUAUUUUUUGUGAUGCUGUUGACAGUUGGUUUAGAUAGUCAGUUCGCAUAUUGUGAGGCUGUUAUUGUAGCUUGUACAGACAGAUUUAAAAAACUGAGAAAACGAAGAAUCCUGUUUGUUAUAGCUUUUUGCAUUGCAAACUUCCUUCUUGGUUUAAUAAUGGUUACACAGGGAGGCAUAUUCGUAUUCCAGUUGGUUGAUUGGUACAUAGCAGCAUUUUCUCCGGCCGUUUUUGGACUCAUUGAAUGCAUUGUCUUUGGUUGGAUAUACGGAUUUGACAGAUUCUCAAAAGAUGUUCAUUUGAUGCUUGGAAGGGGGAUACCAAUUUUCUUCAGAAUCUGUAUUUGCUUUAUAACACCUACUUUUCUUUUGGGAUUGUUUGUUUACAGCUUGACAUCAUAUAAACCCCCAACAUACGGGUCUUACGAAUAUCCACCUUUAGCAGCAGCGUUUGGAACAUUUUUGUCAGUUUUACCGUUAAUGCCAAUAUUUAUUUGUGCUUUUGGUGUUGUUUUACAUGCACCUGGGGAAACGCUGAAAGAUAAAUUUGCAACAGCGUUGAAACCAACUCCGAAAUGGAAACCUGUCAGUAAGGAACUUCAGGACAGUUACUAUGACAGUGACAGUGAAAGUAAUAGAAGUUUGAUUGAGAAAAUAAAAUUGAAUGUAAUGGGGCGAACAUAAUAUUUCGCCAAAGACUAUAUUGAGAUUUUGGACACGUUAAAAUAUGAUUGUAAUGUAAAAUAAGGGAUUCUUAAAUAAUUCUAUACCGUUCACUCAUUUUUUUUUAAUAAAUAUAAAAGUUGUAUCUUGAAAAUCCAUUGUUCAUUCAAAUGUGUUUGUUUUGAAAAUUUCUAAAUAAUCACGCUGGAAUUAAAUAAAGAUGUGCGGUCGA